AAAAUAGUUAAAAUGAUUCUUACGAUUCUUUCAAGUUUAUUUACAAAUCACGUCCAUGCAACGCUAAUCAUUUCAAUUUUUUGUUUGUUGUGUGUGUAUUUCUCAAACUUUAUACGAAUGUGCUAUUAUAUAUUCAAGAUAAGUGGACCACCGGCUUAUCCAAUUAUUGGGAAUGCUCUAUUACUUAAAGGCUCUCAUGAAGAAAUAACUAAGCGUAUGUUCCAAGUUGCAACAGAAUAUGGCCCAAUAUCUCGACUUUGGUUUGGACCAGUUCCAAUAUUAUUAACAAAUGAGCCAAAAAUAAUCCAAGAACUGUUAAAUAAUCCGAAUGCGUUAGAAAAAGCUUGGUUAAUGAAAUUAAUAACAAAAACUAUGAUUGGAAAUGCAAUAUUAAUAUCAGACGUGCCACAAUGGAAACGAAGUCGAAAAAUUAUUAUAAAGGGUUUUACUUUACCAAUAUUAAAAGCAUAUUUCCAAAUAUUUGCAGACAAAAUUAAUAUUUUAACGGAAAUUUUGGAUAUAGAAGUAAAUAAGGAAACAACUUUUGAUAUAAAUAAACUGUUAGCAAAAACUGCUCUGGAUUCUGUUUGUGCUUCAAGUAUGGGAGUGGACAUGAAAUUACAUGAAGGAGAUUCAUCUUAUUUUGAGUCUUUAUACAGAUCGAAUGAUAUAAUGAUGCGUAGGCUAUUCAAUCCAUUAACGUAUACUGAAACAACUUAUAAAUGGACUCAAGGCUAUAGACAGUUAAUGAAAUGCAAGGACACUGUGUGGUUACUAGCAAGUAAAAUUAUUUCCGAGAAACGAAAUAAAUAUAACGACGAAAACAAAAACAACGUUUUUGAUUCUAAAGCUGAAAAUAAAAAUGCGUACAAAAAACCUUUAUUGGAGUACAUGAUUGAUUUUACAAAAAACAAUCCAGAUUUCACUGAUGAACAAUUAGCAGAUGAAAUCAAUUUCAUACUAAUCACUACUUUUGACACAACAGCAAAAACAAUUAGUAUGGUCCUUCUGCUUUUGGCAUUAUACAAAGAUGAACAGCAAAAAGUGUGCGAUGAAUUGUUUAAAGUACUCGGUAAUCGAGAUAAAAUCGAUUUUGAUGAUUUAUCAAAGUUGUCAUACAUGGAAAUGGUAAUCAAAGAGACAAUGAGAUUAUUUCCCGUAGUACCAUUAAUUGCGAGACAAUUAACAGAGAGCAUUGAUGUUGAAACGAAUAGAAUACCAAAAGGAGCGAAUAUUGCUAUUCCAAUAUUUUGUGUGCAUCGAAAUGAGAACUAUUGGGAGAAUCCACUAAAAUUUGAUCCAGAACGUUUUUCACCUGAAAAUAUAAAAAAUCAUCAUCCUUAUGCGUUCAUACCAUUCAGUGCCGGACCAAGAAAUUGUAUUGGCCCAAGAUAUGCUUGGAUAUUUAUGAAAUUAGCAUUAGCUACACUUUUGAGCCGAUAUGAAUUUCAUACCAACAUAAAAGACACGAAUGAAAUAAGAUACGAACUGGAAAUAAAUUUAAUAAUAAUCGGUGGUCAUCAAGUUCGAAUUACACCACGGAAAAAAUGAAACCAUUGAAAUUUUGGUAAUUGAUUUUACAUUAAAAAAAACUGUACAUUUCAAAUUGGCAAAUCUCGUUAAAAAUGUUAGAUUAUCGAUGGAAAAAUACUAAAGAAUUAUUGAGUUGACGUAUAAGUGCUAAAUAUCUUUGGAUUUUAAUGAAAAAAUAAUUGAAAAAAAUACGCACGCAUCAGGACUCGAACCCGAAUCUCUUGGAUUUAUGCCUAGCACCUUACAAAUUUGCUAUACGAGCUGCAGACACAAAGUGUAACACACUCUGUACACUCUCUAGACACAGAGUGUAAUUUUUUCAACUGAUCGAUUUUUUUAAAAUUUGUUUGUCAACAACAAUCGUCUUGAAGUCUUGGUGCGAGUGUAUUUUUCGAUUCUCUUUUCAUUAAGAUUACUCGGCAAGUUAUUUAUCUUUAUACUUUACGCCAUUGUAUCAUAAACAUCAAUCAUAUAACCGAAAGGCUUGACGUUUUA